AAGUGACCCAUCGAUCCAACUCCUUCAUUGAGUCUUGUCGCUGACCGAACGAGUAAAUUGAAUAUGCCGUCAUUACGAACCUCUAGCUCACCUCAGCUUCGAAAAGAGAAGAAGACGAUCAAUGCGUGCGUCGAGUGCUACCGGCGAAAACAGAAGGUUUAUCAAAUCAAAACCCCGCCAACAGUUUCAACCCUCUGACACUUGCACACUGUAGUGCGAUCGCAACGAGCCUUGCAGUAACUGUGUCAGCCGGAACGUUACUUCCAAAUGUCAUUACAGCCACCCAAGAAUGUAAGCAGAGGUGCGGGCAUGAUUGCUCAGCCAUGGGCAGGAACCUGGAUCAGAAGCUGAACAUACGAUAACUGAGACCUUCUGAUAGAUCAGGCACAACGGAAGAGCCCAUCGGCACCCGCAUCGUGCAAGCACCAGCACCAUCAGAUGAAACACAUGCAUUCACUACAGCAGUAGAGCCCCAGGCGGCCGAUAUGGGCUACUCAUCUACCGCAGGAAGUAAUGCCUUGGUGGAUUUCAAACAGCUUUUCCCGAAAGUGGAUGGGCUGCACGCCGUUUCGACUGCUCACCAUCACCCGUUUCAGCGGCCUGAAGCAUUCACCACAUCAAGUUUGGCCAAUGACCGACUUCCCUCCAGGAUGGCCAUAAACAAGUUGGUGGAAUUCUUCUUCGACGAUGUCAACUGGCAGUACUUCAUUCUCGAAAAGCAAUAUUUUGACUGCUUAGUCACUUGCUGGUAUGGAACCAGUGUUGAGACCUUGUCGCACCUUAGCCACAAAGAACUCGGGCGAGAGCUUCACUACUUUCCGGCAUUAUUGUUUCAGGUUUUGGGCCUUGCGAUACAAUUUCUGCCACUCAACUCGACUGUCUGGGAAUUCUUAUCGCAAGCUGAUAUGGCGUUGUGCCAGAAAUACAGUGACAUUGGGGUGGAGCUGAUGAGGCAUGCCCAAGGAGAAAUAGUGGCUCUCACAAAAGUUCAAGCAGAUUUUCUGAGGGCAUCUUGGUUGAAGAACAUUGGAAAGGGCGUAGAAUCCUGGCGGACCGUAGGAAAUGCAAUCCGGUCCGCACAAGAGCUCGAGCUUCAUCGACACAAGAGUACGCACGAACAACGCUCAAGUAGUCCUAGGAUGGCACUGAGCCGCGUGUGGUAUGAAGAGUAUAAACGACGGUUAUGGAUGAAUUUGUGUAUAUGGGACUCUUUGACUGCAAUGAUACUUGGUCGCCCAAGGGCUAUCCAUCCUGAUGAUUGCGAUGUGGAGGAGCCAACUGAGUGCGAUAUCCCACAAGAUCCAUCCACCUGUGUCCCAGCCACUCAAGUUGUUCUGGAACGAGACAGGCCCAACACAGUGUCCAGCAAUCUAUUCCUGUACCGACUCUCGAAUGUGUGGCAUACCGUGAAAGCGCUGCAAUCCGAUAGACAUUAUCCAACCGAUUACUCUGUCGUUCAACAACUUCAUGAUCGGGUGAACCAUAUAAUGGACCGGCUGCCACCGACGCUUCGACAUGAGCGACCAAACUUAUCAUGGGACAAUCAAUACCCAUACUUACGCCAACAGAGAGAGGAUAUUCUCACCAAAGCCAAUCUAGUGCUAAUGGCAUUGCACCGUCCACACAUAAAGUAUCGAGCCGAGGCCCGCCGCGCCGCAUUACAAGCUGCGCUCGUGAUAUUGGACUCGCAGCAUCGAUCAUUUAUGAUGGCCAGGCCCCACCAAUACAAGCUAUUUGGACUGUCCUUCUACACCAUCGACGCAUCACUGUUACUUUCGGUUGUAACGGCUACGUAUCUGCCACAAAAAGAUAGCGAGGUCGUGGUGAAGAUCGAUCAUGUCUUGUGCCAAGCAAUGAACAGGCUGAGUAUAAUGCAUUCAUACAGCCCAAUUGCACGCUCUGGUCUCGCUAUCCUUAGACAGUGUUACCAUGUUCUACGGACGCGGUUGGAGUGCGAUACUGCCAUAUUGAAUCUUCCAGAUUCCAUGGCCACCGAACCUGGAAAUCUCAGACAGGAGUCUGAAGCCGACGUUCUGAAAGAUACCUUGUCCGAACUGCAACCACAUCCGCUGCACCAGCAGUACGAACAGCAUAACCACCAAGAGUCAGUAUCACAUGCUCCAACAUCUUUAUCUAGCGGAUUCUCCGCGUCGCCUCUUCCACUAUCAAAUGAGCCAAAUUCGUCGCAGAGUGCUUGGAACUUUGACACAAAUGCGGAUGCGGGAUUCAUGGCUACAACUGGAAUUCAGCCGCCUCUACAUCUUGGUCCGUCGACCACAGACUUUGACGAGACGUACUGGUUGAACAUGAUCAAUGAGAUACCAGACGUACUGAAUAUAGAGCCCACGGAAAUUGUUGAGAUAGGCGGAACCGUUGACGCAGCCGCUCUCGAGUACGAUCCUGUUUGGAAUCAAAUUCAGUUCUUUGAUUCAAGCACCUAAGGUAUUUUUGACCUAGCCUAGCUUAGAGCCUUAAGGAAUGGAAGAAAGUGAC